AGGUGGAGCGGCAACAACAUUUUUCCACGUGCGCGUAGAGCGCCAGAGUCAGGUGGGAAGGCGGGAGCCAAUAGGGAAGCGUUUCGUGUAGGUCUUUUCCGGAGGCGGCCGCGCCAGCUGCAGCUACCCGCCAGUAGAGAGCGGGCAGAGUCGGGACGCGGUGCAGUGGCUGCCGGAGGGGCGCGAGGUCGGUGGAACCGCGGGAGUGGGGUGCGCGCCGCCUCCCCGAGGGAUCCCUCGGAAGCCGUGUUGAAAGGCCAGACUCGAACAACUAAGAGGAACCAGUCUUGAGCCCCAUCGGCGCCUCAGAUCUGUGCAGGAGCAGCGCUACAGCCAAAAGGGAUACUAGAAAUGGCUACUCCCCAGUCCGUUUUUAUCUUCGCAAUCUGUAUUUUAAUGAUAACAGAAUUAAUUUUGGCCUCAAAAAGUUACUAUGACAUAUUAGGUGUGCCAAAAUCUGCAUCAGAACGCCAAAUUAAGAAGUCUUUCCACAAGUUGGCCAUGAAAUACCAUCCUGACAAAAAUAAGAGUCCUGAUGCUGAAGCAAAAUUCAGAGAAAUUGCAGAAGCAUAUGAAGUACUCUCAGAUGCUAAUAGGAGGAAAGAAUAUGAUACACUUGGACACAGUGCUUUUACAAAUGGUAAAGGACAAGGAAGUAGUGGAAGUUCUUUCCGGCAGUCAUUUAACUUCAAUUUUGAUGACUUAUUUAAAGACUUCAGUUUUUUUGGUCAAAACCAAAACACUCGGUCCAAGAAGCAUUUUGAAAAUCAAUAUCAGACACACCAGGAAGGUUCCGGUAGACAAAGGCAACAUUUCCAGGAGUUUUCUUUUGGAGGUGGACUAUUUGAUGACAUGUUUGAAGACAUGGAGAAGAUGUUUUCUUUUAGCGCUUUUGACAAUACCAAUCGGCACACAGUACAGACUGAAAAUAGAUUCCAUGGAUCUAGCAAGCACUGCAGGACUGUAACUCAAAGAAGAGGAAAUAUGGUUACUACAUACACUGAAUGUUCAGGACAGUAGUUUUUUGUUUGUUUUUUUCUUGUUCUCACUAAACUGAUAAGUUGAUUCUUCCUCACUACCUUUGCAAAACAAUUUUCUGUGAACUGUUGAAAGUGCAUGAUUUCUCUUAACUUGAUAUUGUUGUUAAGAUAUAUUUAAAUUGUUUUUGAGUAAUUGCUAAUUAUUAAUUUCCCUGAUUAGGAAAGGUUCUUUAAAAAGAUAUAAUUUGGCCAUUUUUUUCCCCUUACUCUGCCCUUGGCCUUAUUAACAUGACCAGUUUUAUUACCAAGAAAAGAUUGAGCUUGCUUGAAACACUUUCAAAAGUUAAAUUUUAAAAGCUAUGGUCAAUUUACAUUGUGUGAACGGAAUGAUUUUUGCAAUGAGCCUUUGCUAAUUUAAAGUUGCAUGCUCUGUAGCAUCUCUGACGGGAGUUGCUAACUGUACAUGAAACAUACUGAGUUGUUCAGCAGAAGAUAGCAGUAUCUUAGUUUAACUUGGUUUAUUUUUUUCCCACUAAAAGUCUUAGAAAUGCGUGGCUUAAUGUUCAUACAGCCAUGCCUUUCUGUGUUAAGAGUUGGGGUAAAGAAAAUGAUUGUCUUGCUCAUAGUCGUUUAGGCUGAAGGAAAGUUCAAAGUCUAUAAAGUGUUACCAAGAGAUUGUUAUAUGAUUGGUCUCUGGCUAAUGAUUUUGUAACAUUGAAGUCAUAGCUACUUUACAUAUGUUUUCAUAUUUCUUUCUUAGUUAUUACUGCUCUAUAAGUCUUGUUUUUUUUUUCGUGUGUGUGUGUUUGGUUUUUCUUCUUGGCACUCAUCUUUAUCUAGAGAUUAACUAAUACCUCAUUCUAUUUGGAAAAACAGCCAGUAAUUUCUGUGUAACCUUAUUAUGUGCAAUAUUUUUAAAUUCUAAGAAAUGUGUGCUUUUUUUUUUUCCCAGAUGUUCUUUAGUUCUGCACUUUUCCAUGCUAUACUCCAUAUGAGUAUUAAUCCUAUGGAUACAUAUUAAAACUAGUAAGUGUCUCAUGCAAGAUUGUGUGUGACAGAAAUAUAAUAUUUACCAAAUGA